UUCUCAAGCUGGAACAUUGGAGGAAAUUUUUUUCUCUUUUUUUUUUUUUUUUUUACACAUAAAACAGGCAUAAAGAAACGGAUGUGCUUCGGAAAACGAAACGGCUACCGCCCUCCUGAUUUUAAUGCACAAAUUGAGAGGUCCGCGAUCUGCAGGGGGAUGACAUGCAUGUGUCCAGGCAUUUAACAUCAUUGAGGAUUUUAAGACUAGCAGGCUGCCCUCCGCCAAGCCAUGAUGGACAUUCUGUACACAGGCCCUGUCCCGGCAGACCGCGAGUCUCCGAUGGCGGGGAGCGAGACAUCCCCCAGCCAUGCCCAGCAUCCCUCCCCCACACAGAAACCCAACACCUGCUGCUUCUGCUGGUGCUGCUGCUGUAGCUGCUCAUGUCUCACUGUUAGGAGUGAAGAUGCCAAGCGCGGGCGGAGGAAAGCCCAGGAAACAAGGCUGGAGCCCUUUCCAUGUGAAACUUGCACCAAACCAACGGUGGAAGAAAUAAAACAGUGGUCACAGUCUUUUGAUAAGCUGAUGAAGAACCCGGCAGGGCGGAACAAGUUCCGUGAGUUCCUGCGGACAGAGUACAGUGAGGAGAACAUGCUCUUCUGGCUGGCCUGCGAGGACCUGAAGAAGGAGAUCAACAAGAGUGCCAUCGAGGAGAAAGCGUGUGUGAUCUACGAAGACUACGUCUCCAUCCUAUCGCCCAAAGAGGUGAGUCUGGACUCUCGAGUGAGGGAAGUGAUCAACAGGAGGAUGCAGGAUCCAACCCCUCACAUAUUUGAGGAUGCACAGCUGCAGAUCUACACCCUUAUGCACAGAGACUCCUACCCACGUUUUCUCAACUCCUCCAUCUACAGAUCACUGGUGCAGGGGGGGUCACGCUCUUCGUCUGAGUCAUAGACCCCCUCGCUUUCCCAUCCUUCUCUCCCUCUGUCUCACAUUCUCUUCAACUGUCCAUACAUUUCUCCCCAUUUCUCUCGAUCUCUCUCCAUUGCACAAUCACUCAAGGAGAAAGUACUCCUUUUUUGUGUGUCAUUAUGGUUGGAUCUUUUUUUUCCGUUAGUCAAUUGUCCUCUUUCAUUUUUGAGGGAAUCCCUAAUUUUUUGGUGUUUCUCCUGAAUCUGCACAGACUGAAACUUGAAGACACAGGGUUGAAAAUGCAGUUUUUUGGGUUUGUUUUUUUCCUCCUUUUUCCCUGUACCAUCAUUUCAAGUGUAUGUGGCAACAGCAUCAACUACUGAUUUACCCAGCCAUCUUUUGACUUUAUUUUUUCCGUCAAACACAUUUUACUUGUCUUCUGGCAUCUCUAGUUGAAGAGAGCUGAAAGAGCAUCUGCAAUAAGAAACACUGGAGUGGCCUGACCAAUCUGCUCCUCUCUCCUCAAUCCUGUCCACUAUCUCUGUGCUCUGAUUGGGUCUCUGAGGUGAGGGGCUGAGUGGUGAUUGGCUGGCUGAUUGUAAAGAGAGGAACAGCACUUUUUCCAGGUGCAAAACAAUUAGCUAUAAAAUAAUAGUUAGAAUACUAAUAAAUUUACAGACCCAGGCAGAAUCUGAUGACCUUUUUUGUAUUUUCUUUAUUGAAUUAAAAAAUGGUAAAAUGUGUUAAAUAGAGUACUAUAUUCUUAUUGGUAGCUGAAUGCAUUUCAUAUUAGCUAAAUAAUUUAACAAACAAAAAUGUAUGGGCAGCAGAUGUGUAAAAUUUUAUACAUGAUGGACGUUCCGAUAAUUUCUAAUAAUUGAUAUCAAUAAGAUGAGAAAGGGGAGGACCACCAAAUUUAGAUAAAUAAAUAAUAAUAAUUUAAAAAAAGAAACAUGAGAGAAUGCCAAGGUCUUAAUUAGACUGGUCACUCAAAUACAUUUCAAAAUGAGUAUUUUUAAUGUUAUUUAUUUUUUUAUUAAAUUGUGAUUUCUGUGUUUAUGUCUGUUUAUCUCAGAAAUACUUAGAGAUUUUUGAGCAGCAAAAUCAGAGACACAAAAUCUUAGCUGUAUUUGUGAGACACUAAAGUAUCAAUAGUUUUUAGGAAUCACAGGCACAAGAUGUACAAUUUAAAGGUGCACUUAGUAAUUUUUCCUCAUUAAAAAAGUUUAACUCCUAAAGACAUGAAUUGUCAUUUUGCAAUUUAUGUAGGAAAACCACUCAUAUAUAUAUAUAUAUAUAUAAAAGAUGUUUUAUUCUACAUGGAGAGGGUCUGCAUAUGGGGUCUGUCAUGUUAGAAUCACAUGACCAGCCAAAUACUGCUAGCCGUACUGUUAUUUGACACUUUCACUCAUUGAUUAAAGUAAUCAUGGCUGACUGUAAAUUACAAAAUUUCUACAAAGGCAUCUGAAACUGAAAAAUAUUGAUUUUAAAUAAUGCUGUUACCAAGCCGCUAGGUGUCGGUGUAAGUCCAAGAUAACACAUAGACAAAAGUUACUGAGUGCACCUGUAAAAGAUUAUGCACAUUAUAAUGUUUUUUGGCUAAAUAAAAAGAGCAGUUCUCUGAAACACAAGAGAAUCUAUAGCCACUUUUAUACAGGACACCUGAUGAUUUGCAGUAAAUUUGCUGGAUUUACCUUUACCGAUAAAUGUAUCAUACCUGCCAUUUACACAUGCAAUAGCUUUUCAUAUUUUAUUUGUUUUGCUACCAUUCUCACAUCAGCACCGAAAUGUCAUUUAAAUGUCGAAAAUGUCGGAAAUGCCCUGCUCAGAUAGAGAGAAGGGCUAAAUUUGAAAUCGCAUGCUACCAUAAUACACUUACUAUUUCUGAUGUAUACAGAAUGUAGCCAGGCUCUUUCAUUUCACUGUCUGUUCAAUUUGACAAGAUAUAUGUCCAUAAUGUGAUCCUGAUUUCCUCCUGCGUCACAGGUAUACCAUUAAUAUACAUCUUUUUAUCAUGGUAAAAUACAUAAGAAAGUUGUUUUUUCUACACCUUUUUCUUUAAACUCUGUAUGUGUUUUUAAGGGGACUUUCUCCUACAAUAGUUGUCAGCAUUAGCAAAUAAGAAAAAGCACUGUUUGAGUUUUAUAUACAGUAUUAUAUAGGUACCCUUACAAAGAAGCCAUUAACUACUAUAAAAACCCAAUUUUAAGACAAGAAAUCAAAAUAGUCUUUGUUCGUUUAUUCACACAGUUACUGGUAUUAUGCUGCAUUAUGAAAAUGCUGAUUUUAAAUGUUUUCUGGGCAAAAUACAAAGCACGUAUCAAUUUCACUUAGGAACAUUUCAUUUAUGUGAUGUCACAAAGGUCCAAACAUUUCAAGUUUAAUGCUCAGUUUGUGAAACAAUUUCAGUGUUACACAUGCAUUCAUGCUAAAACUUGUUUCCUUAAUAGAAUGACUUCAAAGUUGACAUUCAGUGACUUUUAAAGGGAUUGUUCAUCCCAGAAUAAAAACAAACCUGUAUGACUUCCUUUUUUCCAUGGAACACACAAGAAGAAAUUUGCUGAAAGUUACCAUCAGUCACCAUUAACUUUCAUUGUUUAAAAAUUAAUGGUGACUGAGAGUGUCAUUCUGCCUUACAUCUCAUUUUGUGUUCCACGAAUGCAAGGAAAUCAAGGUUUGGAACAACAUGAGGCUUAGUUUAUAACAAUUUUCAUUUUUGGGUUAACUAUUCCUUUUAACCAGCUAGAUAUUAAGAAUAUAGUGAGAGGGAAAUGAUAGUGGAAUUGGUUGAAUUUGUGUUAACACUGUGAGCUGCGUUACCUCUCAAAUAUUUUUUUCUAAACAUUUCAUAAUGUGAAUCUGAAACCCAAUCAGUUCUGUAAGUGGGUCCACACAAUAGCAGAGAAUUUCCAGUGUGGAUUUUAUUAUAUCAUUUGUCUUAUGUUAGCACUUAUCUAAAUAUUGAUUAAUGAAUAGUAUGUGUGAAGAAUCUCGUGUCCUCAUUCACUGGAGGUUAGUAUUUGCUAUGAGCAUUGAUCCUUAAACAGUGGUGGUUUCAUGCUCCAUGUAGUUUGAGCAAACUGAUCUGAGACCAGUAGUUGGGAGAACUCUCAUUUCACAUUGAAAUGGGAUAAAAGCAUCCACAUCUGCCUGGUACUUUCAGGAUUUAGUUAUUUGUAAAUAUACACAUUAGAGCAAAAUAUACAAAUCUAUAUUCAAAUAAGGAAGCUUAAAACACAGACUUUCAGACAGUGACAAUGUAUGAGAUUUAGUUAUUUGGCAUUUUUGCCAAACAUAAUUUAGAGGAACUUUACGUACUGUAGUACCUAAAAAAAAAUAAGUGUGUUGCCUUUAUUUUAUUUUUUUAUUUCAUUGGUUGCAGUAUGCAUGAAUAUGUACAUUUUUGAAUAUUUGUGUAAUAUAUGUGUGUAUAUGGGUAUAUAUGUACAUGAACAUAUAUUUAGUAUUGCUCUUGUUGUCUGACACGAUGUGACCAGUCUAACUUAAGCCAGAUUUCUGAAUGUGUGGAAAUGCGUGUCUGGUCAAACAGUUAUGUAUAAGGUUAAGUUAACUGUAGUAAGAAAAUGGGAGAGAGAUGUCAGUAUCAUUAGGGCCUUUGGAAGCACACUCUCAAUAUGAUAUUACACAAGGAUACGCACAGUUAAAUACAAUCCAAUUCUUUAAAUAAUAUACACUUUAAAACACGUACAAGAGGGAAGUGUGCUGGUGGACCUCUCAGCAUUUCACAUUGCAUGUGCAAUUUGCGUUCACACGGAACGCAAUUAAAUUGCUGGAGGGUCGCCAAGUCACUGUACUGUACAACCAUAGCAUCCAAUUGUAUCAGAAGGCGGAUCACAUGGUCACACUGUCUCCACUCCCAUUGGUAGUCACUGCUCAAUUGCAUAACGUUAAAAUUUGUCGCAUCCUCAAUGGUAACGGUUGCCUCAAAUUGCAAACUCGUCAAAAUGAAUGACUUCCUAUGGAUUUGUUGCUGCAAAUCACUGUCACUGUGAAUGCAUUACACUGUAAAUGACAAUAUAUUAUAAUCUACAAAGCUGUCUAUACGGCAAUGUGAAAAAUUUAGUAAGCAAAAACGGUACAUUGAAAAGCACGCUUGCAAUGUGAAUAGUUUUGCUGACUAUAAUAGGUACUUUAUAUAAUGUUAAACUCUGUUAAACUCUGUCACAUCCUCAAUGGUUACCAUCGCUCAUGUGACCUCAAAUUGCCAACUCAUCAAAAAUCAAUGACUUCAUGUUGCUUUAUCGCUGCAAAUCGCUGUCAGUGGAACAUACAAUUCGGACACUUAUUAUAAUAAAUGAAGCUGUGUACGCUGCAAGCUUUGAGAAGGCAAAAGCAUUCUUGCAUUAUGGACAGCUUUGUUAUUUAUAAUAGUUGCAUUCUGAUUUGUCCCAACAGACCUGUCUACGCUCCAAGUGCGAAACGUUUAAAAUGUAUACAUCUCUUUCAGUGUGGACCGCUUUGUUAAUUAUAAUGGGUGUGUUCGAAUUUAUCGCAGUGUAGAAACUGUCGAACUGUAGGAGGCAUCGUUUCCCAUAUUAUCCACAUUCUCUGUCAACUGAAAUAACAGACAGACUUCUAACUUGUAAUUGAUCGGAGACAGGGACUGUGACCUAGUGCUGCUUAUGUUUACAUAGAUUUCUUUAAGGUGCCAAAUUGAUCUAGCCUUCUUACAGUCUCAAACUAAGGACAUUUGUGUGGAUGCAUAAAUGCAAGAGCUAGUCUGUCUCAGUGUGUGAUGUGUUUCCAUGGAAUCAUAGUUUCAACAUAUCGCAACAUACUGUCACCAAAUAGUCCAACUUUUUCCCUUUUUGUAUAAUAUUUUGGUUUUAGUGUUUAAAACAAAUCAAUAUAUCUAAGUGUGCACAUCACGUGCCAGCCUCAAUUUCUAGCCGUCUCAUUUUCACUCAUUUACCGUCCAUCAUUUUAUUUCAUUCUUAUUUUCUCUCUGGUCACUUUGUGAGAUCCUCCUCUCUUAGUCACAUAUUCUCAUGAGAUUUGCAGUGUCGUGCCAUACAGCAGUGAGAUCGAUCCCUGACUCAUGGACUUCUAUGGACAUUUAUUUAUUGACAUUAUCAUUAUAUUUUGUAUUAAAAUAAAUCAAGUUGUGUUUUAAAAGGAGUAUGCUUCUGGCUGUCUGGACCAAUUUUUUGUUUCCUGAAGUCUGUGACCAUUACUGUGUAACCUCUCUUCACAUUUAGGUGCCAUAGCAGGGCGCCCUCUUCAGGUUGUGGUUGGGAUGGACUUAAGGUCCCCUUUAACACAGGCCAGCUCACUACUGGAAUUCAAAGAGGAUUUAUUCAUGAACUCAUCUGUAAAAUUCCAUAACCUCUGACUUGGUUGCAGAAUUUUUUUUAAGAGAAC